CAAAUCAUCAUUGACAGUCGAUCAAUUCAACACGAAACAAGUCCAAAUUUUAGUGUAAUUAAAACUGAUUUGAACCAAACAUGAAGUUGCCGUUUAGGGGGAAACUAAUCCUGUUGGCGUUGCUGUUUCUUGGGUCGCUCCUGGUUCGGAGUACCAGUUCGCGAAAUAUUCCGGAUGAGAAACCAUCCGAUGGCACAGAGUCACCUAGUGAAAUUCCAGUCGGGAAAAAGGUUAACGCCACCGAUUGGGCGAAGGUGCGGAGGGAGCGCGGUGAACCCGUGGAAGAAGUGGUCGCGCCACCCCUUUUGCCUCAGUACCCAUAUAUGAGCUCCAUCAAGCACUUGGCCCGCACCAAUAGUAGUGGAAAUUCAACCAACUCUGCCAAGGAUUUGGUGCCCUUCGACUUCGACAGUAAGCAUCUGCCCUGUGACAUGGAUUCUGGGGGAAUAGAGUCCGUUGUGUGGGCUUUUCCCAAUUAUUGCGUCUGGGCAUAUAACAACAAAUACAACGACGAGAAGAGCUAUCGCAUCUACAAGAUCUAUCAACUGGAGGGAUUCUUCUUUGGCCAGUACUACGAGCGUCUGAAACGCUUCGAGAUGGAUCCGCGUGUGUGGGACUAUCAGAAAACGGGAGUGACGUAGAGAAUCGGCGGCCAGGGGCAACAUUUAAAUUUUCUGUAUCACCUUCGGAUGAUUUUACGUCUUUUUUGCGAUCUGAGAUUGCCAUAUUAAAUUUUCAGUUAUAUUCGAUAUAAAAA